AUGGGACACGGGAAUCAUCACCACUUCCUGGGCUCCAACCCGAGCUUUCUGCUCCUGCUCCUGCCAGAGUUCCUGGGAGCUGAGGGCAAGCUGGCUCACAAGCUGUUUCGCGACCUCUUUGCCAACUACACAAGCGCCCUGCGACCUGUGGCAGACACGGACCAGACACUGAAUGUGACCCUGGAGGUGACACUGUCUCAGAUCAUUGACAUGGAUGAGCGGAACCAGGUGCUGACCCUGUACCUGUGGAUCCGACAGGAGUGGACAGAUGCCUACCUGCAAUGGAACCCAGAUGCCUACGGUGGCCUGGAUGCCAUCCGCAUCCCCAGCAGCCUUGUGUGGCGGCCAGACAUCGUGCUCUAUAACAAGGCAGACGCACAACCUCCGGCCUCGGCCAGCACCAACGUGGUUCUGAGGCACGAUGGGGCCGUGCGCUGGGACGCACCUGCCAUUACGCGCAGCUCCUGCCGCGUGGACGUGUCCGCCUUCCCGUUCGAUGCUCAGCGCUGCGGCCUGACCUUUGGCUCCUGGACGCACGGCGGCCACCAGCUGGAUGUGCGGCCACGGGGCAGCGCCGCUAGCCUGGCGGACUUCGUGGACAACGUGGAGUGGCGCGUACUGGGCAUGCCGGCGCGGCGGCGCGUGCUCACCUACGGAUGCUGCUCCGAGCCCUACCCGGACGUGACCUUCACGCUGCUGCUGCGCCGCCGCGCCGCCGCCUACGUGUGCAACCUGCUGCUGCCCUGCGUGCUCAUCUCGCUGCUCGCUCCUCUUGCCUUCCACCUGCCAGCUGACUCGGGUGAGAAGGUGUCGCUCGGCGUCACCGUCCUGCUGGCGCUCACCGUCUUCCAGCUGUUGCUGGCCGAGAGCAUGCCACCGGCAGAGAGCGUCCCACUGAUUGGGAAGUACUACAUGGCCACUAUGACCAUGGUCACCUUCUCCACGGCACUCACGAUCCUCAUCAUGAACCUGCAUUACUGUGGCCCCCGUGCCCGCCCAGUGCCAGCCUGGGCUCGAACCCUCCUGCUGGGACACUUGGCACGGGGCCUAUGCGUGCGGGAACGAGGGGAGCCCUGUGGACGAUUCAGGUCACCUGAAUCGCCUCCGAGUCCCCAGCCUCCUGAUAGAAGGGCUGACCCCUUAGCAGGCCCUUGUCACGAGCCCCGGUGUCUGUGUCACCAGGAAGCCCUGCUUCACCAUGUAGCCACCAUUGCCAGCACCUUCCGCAGCCACUGGGCAGCCCAGCGCCGCCAUGAAGACUGGAAACGCCUGGCCCGUGUGAUGGACCGCUUUUUCUUGGGCAUCUUCUUCUCCAUGGCCCUGGUCAUGAGCCUCCUGGUGUUGGUGCAGGCCCUGUGAGAGCCGGGACU